GUGUGUGUUCGUCUCAACGUAGCACGAAACGUGUCUCCUCUCAGCAAAGACACACAAACGUGAGACGUGCUAGAUAACGUUUUUGUUUUUUUUCUUGGUUUUGAAAGUUUUGUUUUUGCCGCCUUAAGAUUGUUGCGAUUUUAUACUAUGUAUAUUAAAACAUUCCGCUUGUAAAACGUAAUAUUUAUCCGCCAGGAGCAGCCGACUUCGUUUCUACUAAAGAGUGUCCGCUUCUCCUCCCCUCGAUGAAGCGCUGCGAUGCCCUCUGAUUUUAUAUCCCUCCUUAGCUCGGAUAUCGACCUCAAUUCCCCCAAAUCUCUAUACUCUAAAGAGUCGGUAUAUGACCUCCUCCCCAAAGAACUCCAGCUCCAGCCAUCGUCCACCCAGACAGACCCACCCACCAUGAGCCAGAAUAGUGGGGGAGAGGCGGGACCUCCCCCCUCUGCAGCCUUGGCGUCAGAUGCCACCUCUUCCACCUCCAGCCCUUCUGCCUCUUCCUCCCUCGCCAUAGGCGUUACAUCCUCUGGCCCCUCUACCUCAUCGUCAGACCAUCUCAAGGUUGCCCAGCAUCUCCACUCCAGCGGAGGAGAUGGCGCUGGUGUUUCAGAGAUGCAAGGUGCGGAGGGUGCCCCCAACAGAGGCAGCAGUGGAGCAAACGCUACAGUAGGGGAUGUAGGGCCGGGAGGGUUGCCGGGGCUAGGAGUCCAGCAGCCCCAGAACACUCCAUCAAAGCGAAGGACUGUGUUGAGCAUAUCCCCACCACCCGAGGAUCUGUUUGAUGACAGCCAGAUGUCUUGCCAAGAGGAACCUACCAUAUCUGGUGCACCAGGUCCCGACUCGGAGCAAAGCAGCAGCAUGUGGGCCGAUGAGUCUGUCUCGAACUUCAGUUUGAUCAGCUCCAUCUCCUACAAUGACAACACAGAGGUGCCACGCAAGUCUAGAAAACGCACUCCUCGCCAGCGGCCCGGUCCCAAGCCUGCUCCUCCAGAAGACAGCAUGGAUGUGUUUGAUGCUGACAGCGCCAAAGCCCCUCACUAUGUGCUAUCCCAGCUGGGCACAGAUAAGACCAGUUCCAUAUCCAGCUCUCUCGAGUCAGGAACUGCAGUGAAAGGUGGGUCACUGUCUGCUCAGUUCCCUCAGAGGAGUGAUGGGAAGGAGCUAAAGAUCCUGGUGCAGCCAGAGACCCAGCACAGAGCUCGCUAUCUGACUGAGGGCAGCAGAGGUUCUGUCAAAGAUCGUACACAACAAGGAUUCCCCACUGUCAAGUUGGAAGGUGUGAGUGAAUCAGUUGUGCUGCAGGUGUUUGUAGCAAAUGAUGCAGGCAGAGUGAAGCCUCACGGUUUCUACCAGGCAUGCAGAGUGACAGGACGCAACACCACUGCUUGCAAAGAGGUGGACAUAGAAGGCACCAUAGUUAUUGAGAUUCCUCUGGAGCCCAGCAAUGACAUGACACUUGCGGUGGACUGUGUAGGAAUUUUGAAGCUCCGUAAUGCAGAUGUCGAAGCCCGCAUUGGUGUUGCAGGAUCCAAGAAGAAGAGUACACGAGCCAGGUUGGCCUUCAGAGUCAGCAUCCCCCAGCCUGAUGGAUCAACCCUGACUUUACAGGUUCCCUCAUCGCCGAUCCUCUGCACUCAGCCAGCAGGAGUGCCAGAGAUCCUGAGAAAGAGUCUCCACAGCUGCUCAGCGAAAGGAGGCGAGGAAGUUUUUAUAAUCGGAAAGAACUUCCUUAAAGGAACCAAAGUUAUUUUUCAGGAGAACAUUACAGAUGAUAAUUCCUGGCAAGCCGAAGCAAAGAUUGACAUGGAUCUUUUCCAUCAGAAUCACUUGAUAGUGACAGUCCCUCCGUUUCACAACCAGUCAAUCACUUCUCCUGUUUCUGUGGGUAUUUUUGUGAUGACCAAUGCCGGUAGAUCACAUGAAGCCCAACCCUUCACCUACACUCCAGACUCAGCUGAUAACUCAAAUGUCCUGACAGUAAAAACGGAGGGGAUAUCCAUGGUCAAGACCUGCUUAUUUGAUACCCCGAUCAAAUCUAUGCCCUCUGAACAAACAGAAAUCUCUGACCAGACAUCCAAACGGCAAGAGGACACACCUAUGGAAGUGUCUAGCAAUCCACCAUCCACAGAGGUCUUCAAAUCAUCCCCUGAUCCACUCAUCACAGUGCAGCAGACUCUGGACCUUGGCUCUAGUCCUCAUCCAGGUGGAGAGUCCUUUCAGAGAACAAUGCCUUUACCAUCAGAAGAUGUGGACCUUCCCCAGGCACCCCCAGUCUUCCCUAGCUUAGAGUCCCUCAGCACGAUACAAAAGCAAGAAAUUGCCCCAACAACCUCCUUCUCUGUGUCAGGAGACACCACAAUACCACCUGUGACACCAGAAGUCCCCCAGCAGUUCCUUAGAGACCCCCAGGAAAGCUUGUCACCUGAGAGUUCCAGUAGUAGUGCAGGGGUGGUGGUUGUGGCCAUGCCACAGAUACCACCUUCCUCUCAGGCACAGCCACAGCAGUCCCAGGUCUCCCUCUUUCCCCAGGAAGAGGUGGCCCAGCUGGAAAGGGCAGUUAGAGAACUCCAGGGGGGAAGUAACACCACGCUCCAGCAGGUGUUAGAAGCAGCUGUAGCUCAGCAGCAGCUCAAUUCUGUGCUGUAUAGCCCCACACCUUCUGCAGAAUCCCUUCAGCAGCAUGUCCAGGAGAACAUGAACAGCCUUAGACUGGGGAGUACAGAUAAUUCACUGUCAGCACAGCAACAGCUACAGAUACAACAACAGGAGCAGCAACAACAAAUACAACAGCAGUUUCAACAACAGCAACAAAUACUUGGAAACCUUCAGCAGCAACAGCAGCAAGUCAUCAACAACAUACAGAUGCAACAGCAACUUAUAUUACAGCCACAAGAGCAACAGCAAAUUAUGGAGAAUAUUCAACAACAGCAAUUGCAACAAAAUCAGCAACAGCAAGUUCUAAACAAUAUUCAGCUUCAGGAUCAGCAACAACAAAAUCAUAUUCUUACCAAUUUACAGCAACAUCAGCUGCAACAACAGCAGCAGCAGCAGCAAAAUCAAGCGUUGAGCAACCUACAACAGCAACAGCAGCAACUUCAAGAGCAGCAGGUUUUGGAAAAUUUACAGCAACACCUUCAGGCCAGCUCUCUCCUUCAACAGGCUGGAGAACUGCUUACUAUCCAGACUAGCUUCCCAACACAACCUCCUUCACACACAUCCCCCCCACAGCAACUCUUCCAGUCGCCUAGGCCCAUGGCCGAAACCCAGGGGUCCCAACAGCAGGUCCAGGCUGCCCUCAUCCAGAAUACCCUGACCGUACUGACUAGUGGCAGUCUCAACUCAGAGCAGCAGUCCACAGGAUCAACCCUAUACCUGACGCCGAACCAUCAGCCCCAGCAACAGCAGCAGCUGGCAUUCAUCUCCUCCAUGGAGACAUCAGCCAGCCAACAUCAGUCUGUUUCAAUGUUUCAAAAUCAACCGCAGUCUCAAAUGCAGCAACAGAGCACCCCAAUGGAUCAGCAGCAGUCCCCACAGCAGAACCAACAACAACCAGCACAGCUUCCAAUGGGCCAGCAGGGUUCCUUAUUUCAAAGUAUUCCCAAUCACUCACAGGGCAACUCUGCACCACAGCAAACAGGUCUGCUUCUCUGCACCACAGAUCUGAACCCACAGGCUAUCGCCCCUACUAUUCUCUUUAGCACCCAGACCCAAGGCCCUUCCCCUAUGGGGACCAUUAGCGUUGGAAUCACCCAGUCAGAUACAGCAGAGCCCAUGUCCUUCCAAGACCAGAGCUCUUCGGGCAGCAACUCAACAACCACUGAGAACCAACAACAGAGCUUGUUCCAGGAACAGCAGCCAAUGCAAGUGGGCCCAAGUUCAAGCUCCGUCCAAAACAAUCAACCUGUGGAGCUGUUCAUACCACAGACAAAUCUGUCCAGCUUGCAGAGUACUAUUGGCUCACAGGAGCUCAACAAUCAGGCUCCAGCCCCCGCCACAACCAUCUUUGUGGUGCAGGGUGGUGUGGGUGUGGUAGCCAGCCCUGGUCAGCAGCCCCCAGAGCAGCUUUUCCAGACAUCUGUGGGUGGCAAUGUGGCUUCUCAAGGACAGGCCAGUCUGUUUGUUUUUGGCAUUCAGAAUGACUCAUCCCAGCUGCUCACUUCUUCUGGACCCAGCCAACCUGCGCAGAACCAAAUCCCGAACUCCGGUCACAUGCAGACUCUGCUGGAUCAGCCCAUGGCCCAGGCUGCCUCCCCAAUCCCAGCUACCAUGCAUAGCAGCUUGCAGAACACCCUUCAGGCACAAAUGCAGACCACCUUGGAGAACGCAAUGCAGGCAAACACACAAACAGCCCUUCAGUCCAGUUUACAAGGAAACAUAGAAGCGAGCCUACCAACACCAAUGCAGACCAGUCUACAGACACAGAUACAGAGCAGCUUACAGAAUCAACUGCAGGCAUCCAUAUCAACAUCGUCCAGCAUGGAUAAAAUUGAGGACCUACUGGAAAGCCUACAGAAGCAGUGAUUAUUGUUUGGACCAUUGUCAGCACUUAGGGGGUGAGUGAUGUGUAUGUAGCUCAGAGUUAUACACCCUAAAAAUGGCCGUGUGUAGGGGUUUGUGCCAAUGCUUAAAAAAAAAGUCAUUUAAAUAUUUAAGAAUUACUUGCCCUUUUUACUGAAAACCCAAAUCAUGAGUUCAUGUGACCUGUUUUUAAGAAAUAUUUAUCAUUAACUGUAGCCUCCAUUUAUCCAUUGUUCUUGAAUUAAUGAACCCACCUUUGUUAUUACCCCUCUUGCAGGAUCAGAGAGGCCUGUAAUAACUGCUUUAUCCAGCCGCACAAAUGCAGUGUUUUGUUGCCAGUUGUUAUUGUUUUUUCCUGUUUCUUUUUAAAAUAAUGUGAGCUUAAGAGAUGAUGACGGUGGUGGUAAUGAUUAUGAUGAUGAGGAUAAAAAUAUUUGUGGGAAAAAACAGGAAAGGGAUAAAGAAUGUCAGCAACAGAGGAACGGUGACAGAGGAAUGGUGCCGUGAUGGGAGAGUGUUGUGAAGGCAGAUUUAAAAAUAAAAAACAGUCAGUUACGGAAUAUCAGAUUGCACAUAACUGUCAGAUAAAGGCAGAAUCUCAUUUUGAGUGUGUAAACUCCCCAAGAUUUCAUUUCACUUUGAGACAGUGGGUGUUUUUAUUUUUUUUAUUUUGUCAGUUUGGGAGAUUAGCUGAUGUAAAAACAGGGAUAAAAUCACGUCACAGUAAUUCGAUUUAAACUUCUUUUGCUGUGGAGAAUAUGAACAAUCAUGCUGUUAAUACACAGCUUACAUUUGCAUAUGUCAAAAAUGCCAUUAAAUUUGCUCCAAGAGUACAGAAUAUUAGACUGUACAGUUCUUUGUAGGAUAAUGUUUCAUGUUUUCUUUUAAUAACAUUUACUGGCAUGGGUGGAGUCUGCACUCAAGCGGUUUAUUAUUAGAGGCAGCACAGUUUAAUAUUAGUGUCGGCACCACAAGUAUGAAAUGAAUUUUUAUCACAAAAAGUCCGGUAAAGACAUUGUGUUACUGAAAGCACCCUGGUGAGUUGAGGGAAUAUUGCACACUCAUAAAUGAGAUUCAUCCAUGUGAUGUGGCCUUUGUUGGCACUUCCCAGUGUUCUCUUAUGUGCAGGCCUUUCUUGGUGAAAUUUUAAAUAGCAUUCAACUAUUUAGGGUGUGUUUUUGGUUUUUUUUUUCCUUUUGUUGCUUUUGAAAAAGUUAACUCUUUAUCAGUUAAAUGUGGAUAGAAAAAAAACCUUUCCACUAGUGAAAAUGGAGUGUUGUGUGGUUUUAUAAACAUUUUAUCUAAAGCACUUUAUAACCUCUUUUGUGUAACCUGCUACUCCUUAUAUCCAUCCACAGCUCUCUACUGAUCUAAGAUGAAUUUGUACUCUGAAACGUCCAGUGGGUGGGGUUAUAAAAAAAAAAGAAGAAGAAGAAGAGGGGGGAAAAGCUGAAAGCAGUCAUCUUUGUACAAAUAGAUACAUCAUUUUUACAUUUUCUCUCAUGUCAGAGUAUUUUUGAGGUCUAGACAACUUUGUAUAGAACGUCUGCUCACUGUUGAGUCCCUCUUUGUAUUCAGUCCCAGUGGUCCAGUCAAGUCUAUCCAAAAACAGCCAUUCCCACAAACGGCAUUGUCACUUGUCAGUGUUUGCGUGGUAACUAGGCCUUUUGUGUUUUAGACACUGACAACACAUCUGAAAUACUGAUUCAUUUAGUUUGUACAUUUACAUGAAGGAUCUACAUUGUUUUGUUUUUUUUCUUUUGUACUAAGUCUCGGUUUUUCUCGUUGGAAUGUUUUUACUGUUGUUCGUGUUGUGUUUCGAUAUUAAGUUUCUGUUUCUGUUUGUAGCCCGUGCAGGUUGGCGCCGCAUGAAGCUGGCUCCUGUUCUUUGUGUUGUGAACAGGGGCUCACUGGUAGAUGAAAUCUGUUACAUAGAGGUUGCCAUUUUUGAUUCCAUCCUUGGUGCUAUGUAGAGGAGUAAUGGACACUUCUGUGUCAUGUUAGUACAGUUUGUACUAUCAAUAGCACUUGCAUUCGUUUUUAGUUUGGAAGAAAAAUCGAGUCUACAGUGCUGGCUGUUGUUGAGGGAUCAGACUGGAGUGCAACCCACCCAGGCAUACCAAAGCUCCUGAUUGUGAAUGGUCGCCAUUUUGUCCUCGCCAUCGUAACGUUUACUCAUUUGCAUUUGUUCGUUCACAUAAUGCAGCUCUCACAUGGCUAACAAUUCAGCAUGCUGGGGGGGUUGUUUUGUUUUGCUCUUUUACAAGAUUUCUUAUAGUUUUGCGAAGGUACUUUGCUUCAUAGAUCAGUUUAUCUCAUUAACAUUUCCACCAAUUUGAUACAUCACUCUAUUUUUCAAUGAAGAGUUGACAUUGUUGAACUUUCCAAAUCUAAUAUUAGCCAAUUUGGCGUUAUCCCCCCCAAAAAAGUACAUAUGUUUUUUUUUCUUGGAGACUUCAGACAUUAGUAUCGCAUUGCUCACAUGCAUUGUUUACAUUUUCAUGGUCAUACUCUUUUAUCUUUGCAGCUGUUAGUGAUCCAUUUUAAAAGUAACUUAUCUUUUUUAGAAUUUUGUAAUCCAUGUAUCAAAAUGUAGAGUAUUUUUGUAAAACUAAACUUUUUUUCUUUUUUGCUCAUAGCAAAGAACUAUCAUUGCUAGUGUUUUGUUGGUUUUUUCCCCUGAAAUGAAGCGCAGGUUUAUUAAGUCUAUGACUGAAACUAGAAAUGUAAGUGGACAUCAAGUGAUUAUGUUAGACUUAAAUCUACUGUCAUGAUAUUGACUUUACGCAAACUGUAGAACAUAACGUGAAGUUUACUCCUCUUUUUUGUGCUCUGUGUGUUUUGUGUGGGCGUUUUGUAUUUUAAACUCCUCUUUUGUUUUUGUUUUUAACAUCAUGCAUCUCAAAUGGCACUUUGACUCGUCCAUUAACUGUAGAUCAAGUUAGAGUGCAGUAGUGAUGUUUCCAAGCAUUCCAUCCCUCUCAGUUAGGGGAGCUAAAGAGCACAUGAUGUUGUGGAAGAAGUGCGGAACAGUAAUGCCUCUUAAAGCCAUACCAACACAGAAAGCCAACCCGUGACUUCGGUUUCAUGAAUGUAAAUUUUACCUCAUGGUGUGUGGAAUGGAGCUUGCUCUACAUCUGACAUCGGACCAAUACUAGGCUUAGAGAAGAUAUAUUUUGAGGCGGAGGGAAGGGGAUGGGCAGGGCGGCACCAGCUGUCAUUUGUGUCACUGUACAUUGGUCAAAUUGUUUUUGAUUGUGGUGUAAUUUCAAAACCGACCAUUAGUUUUAUUAUUAUUAUUCAUUUCAGUCCGACUUUGUCGAAUAGCCACUUCACCGGGGGGGAGGAAAAAAAAAAAAAAGAAACUGUUGAUUUAAAGGCGUUGAAAAGAGCACACAAAUCUUUGCAUAAUAUUUUUGUCCUUCAGUCAUGUAAAUGAAUAUCCAUGUAUAUUUAAAUGUGAAAUAUACUGCAGGGGUAUUUUGAAUUUCAAUUGUGAUGCUUUCAACAGAACUUUGUGUGCCUUGAUAACUUAAACGUUGCUCUGCUGUGUUUACUGGUGUCCCUUUUGUCUCAUUGCUCCUUUUUAUUCUCUAAGACUGUUUAACAUCCGAAAGCUUUUCCGUUACUCUCUCCUCCCCCUGACACGGACAUAACCGUAACUGUUAUACUUUAACAUGUUCUCAAUCCGUUGCAAGAUAUCAACAUAAUAUUGUGCAGCUUCACCAGUGAAUUGUCACCUUGUUGUUUUCUAUUGAAAAUGCUUUUCAUGCCUCAUGAGAUUUGUACAUGUGAGGUAAAAGGGACGAGACAGUGGAGAUUGUUUUUAGCGAGAACUUUGUGUUGAUGUGCUUGUCAACAUUACUAUUGUUGCUGUGAAACGCUUGAUCAAAAGGGGCAACCAUGAUAAAUUAAAUUGCCAAUAGUGUGAGCUGUAUCUUGUGUGUAAUCAGUUUGCUCACUUUUCCUAGUUCGCUUCUAUUUCACAUUCUCCAACAGUUCUGUUGUAUCCGUUCUGUGUAGCUUGAGCUUUAGUAUCUAGCCUUACGACCCUGCAGUAGGGAUAAAGGUCAAACCUGGUGUGUUAUCAUACAUCUGAACUAUUAUUAACAUGUAAUUUUGCCUUUGUCUGGACAUUUGUAUACUCUUUGUUUAUAUCUGUAAUCCUGCUGCUACAUUAAAUGAAUUUUGAAAAACUGAAAA